CCUCGCUUUCGUCCAUUCAAGAUCCUGUCGCGCCCUUGCACCAACAGAGAGGAGCUGCUCAACCCGCUUUUCCCAUUCUUCCUCUGGACUGGCUCGAUAGUCUUACGCUGCAAUGGAUGACGACGACGCUUUCCUGUACGGUGACGAUGGCCCAGCAACGUCGGCUCAGCCAGUGCAGAAUGAAGCUGCGACAGCAAAGCCAGCCGUAGCGGACAUGACGGCGCCCGACAAUGAAGGGGCUGGACAGAAUGGUCAGGACCAUGAGGACGAGGAAGAGGAAGAAGAGGAGGAUGAAGAAGAGGAAGAGGAUAGCGACUCGGAUCUCGAGAUCGUCAUGGACACGCCCAUGGAUGGUCAGCAGCCUCCACCGCCUCAACGUCAACCACAGCCAGUGCCCAUUCAGGCUGCCUCGUCUACACCAACAAAGACGAACAAUGCUUCGAGAAUGCCCGUGUCCACCUUCACAUCCGAAUACACACCACGCUCGCGAGGGGACCCUGUAGACCAGAAACCCCAAGUCCUUCCGUCCGCAGCAGCCGUCCCCUUGGGCAGCACCAACAACCAACCUCUCCCUCCUCCCCCAACCCAACCACCCAUCCUUCCGGAAGGUCCACCUCCUCAUGCCGCCACGACGGCUCCGAAGAUCGACCUGAACCCUCGUCCGCAAGUCCUAGCCGUCCCUGGCACAACGGCCGAUGGUGACCAGAUGACCAUCUAUCACAUCGAUCCCACGACUCUCCCGGAGAAGCCCUGGAGAAGACCAGGCGCGGACAUGAGCGAUUGGUUCAACUAUGGCUUCGAUGAGAUGAGCUGGCGCGAUUAUGGCAGGAAGCAGAGGGGGAUCGUCGAAGGCCGGGAAGAGACGCAGAUGCAGCAGCAGCAGAGCCAACAGCAGCAGGGCGGUCAGCAACAGGCUGCAAUGAAUGGCAACAGUGCAGGAGGCGUUGGGGGACACGAUGCCAUGAUGAUGCUGCAGAUGAUGAGCAAUGGCGGUGGUGGUCCCUCCGGAGGGAUGGGCGGCUUCAAUCCGCAGAUGAUGGCGCAGAUGCCACCGCAGCAGCAGAUGCAGUUCAUGAGCCAGAUGAUGGCCAAUGGAGGCAUGGGCGCCGGAAUGGAGGGGAUGAUGGGGCCUUUUGGUGGGCAAGGCGGCUUCGGACCAAUGGGAAUGAAUGGCGGCAUGAAUGGGAUGAAUGGAGGCAUGUUCCCCGGUCAAGGAGGGAGACAAGGUGGCUUUCCCUUCAACGGAGGGCCGGGCAUGAUCAACCAGCAGCAGCCCCAGAUGCCGCAGAUGCAGCCUCAGGCGAUGAAUUCCCAGCAACCACCGCAGCAACAACCACGCCGCGCAGGCCCACCUCCAGGUGCUCCCUCCGGCCCAGGUCAGCGAGGAAGCGCGACGCCUGCUGCAGGGGCGGAAGUCAAAGGCGACAAUGUAGCCGGCACAGGAGAAAACGAUGCGUCCGAUGCCAACGAGACACAAGAGCAGAAAGACGGCGUUGCAGCACCAGUGAAGGAAGAGAAUAAGGACAAGGACAACUCUGAGGAAACUCCAGCCUCGCAAUUCGGCGUGCCCAACCCUGCUGGAAUGGCGUCGAGCGAUAUGGCAGCCUUCCUUGGCAUGGCUGGGCUGGACGUGAAUGCCAUGGCGGGGCAUCAGUCUGCACCCAACCAGCUGCCAACAGGCCCUGCCCCUCCUUCAGGCCCUUCAGGUCCAUCUGGGCGCGGGCGUGGAAUGGGAGUAGCAGGUGCGCCAAAGGGUCCCUCCGGAGCGGGACGAGGAGCAGGACGUCCCACACCUACAGGACCAUCCGCAGCGUCCCCGCGUCCUCCGCCUACUGGUCCGGCUUCUGCUGCUGCUGCUUCAGCUUCAGGUGCUGCCCCGGCAGGAGGCGCUGCAAGCCCUCCUCCUGCUCCUUCUGCCGCAGCCAAGCCCCUCCCAACAGGUCCGGCGGCGGACCGCUCGCUUCCUCCCAACGUGCCGACGGGCCCUCGCAAUCCAGGGAAGAGGUACAAUGACCGUGACACAGGAGCUGGGAGUGCAGACGCUCUUGAUUAUGGAGGAGGAGCAGGAGGCGCUGCACCCACUGCGGAUCGCAGUCAGUCACGCGACCCGGAUGACACUGGGGCUAAACGCCGUGGUGGCGGCGGCGCUGCGGGGAGGUCGCGCGAGCCUAGCAGGCUGAGGAGUGUGGAGCCUGCUUCCCCAACACGAGGCUCGUCAUCCACAUCGACAGCCAAAGGCAAGGUGGGAAUUAGUAUCAAGGGAAGGCAUGAGUCUGUGCACGAGGAGGACGGUGGGAGUGGAAGCAGAAGUCGAAGCUCCAAGACGUCCUCGUCGCGCCGCGACAGAGGGAGCGACGAAGACGAAGCCGGUUCAAGCUCAUCACGGCGUCGUCGCUCCGAUCGAGAUGAUUCUCACCGCGAACGCGAUCGUGAUCGCAGGGAAGAGCGCAAAGAGCGUCGCAAGGGCCGUGAAGAGCAUUCUGCUAGCCCAGCCCCGGCUGCGGAGGAGAGGAAGGACAGAAGUGCGGCAAGGGCUUCGAGACGGGCUGGCAAGGAUGACGAUGCAGGAGAUGGGGGAGGAGAGAGGAAGGCUGCAGGCACGAGGAGGAAGCGGGGAGAGGGGGACAGUGAUGAUGAGGGAGGGGAUGGCGGCAGGGUAAGGGCGAGUACCAGAAGGAGAAACUGAUCCAAGGCGUGGAGGUGGUCUGCGCUGCCUCGUGUACUCUACGUUCAUACGCCGUCCGCCCAGCCAUCUCGCUACUGUGUGUGCAUGCCACAAUGAUCCGUAAUAGCCGUACAUCUUCGGCCUCAAUGGUGAAGCUAUCUUUCGGUUGCUACUCAAUGGUGGUACAAUGGGUAAUGGCCUUCGCAG